AUGACAAAUGAUUUUCCUGCAAAAAGCGAGCUAAGAAGAGCAAAGGUGAAAGAACUGAAAUCUCAAUUACUUGGUCAGCAGUCACUUUUUACACGUUCAGGCCAAAAAGCAAGAGCAGCCACCGAGGCAUCAUUCCGGGUGAGUCACACCAUCGUCAAACAUAAAAAAUCAUUCCAAGAUGGACAAAUGAUAAAAGACGCGUUUGUCGAGGCAGCGGACUCAUUGUUUCAGGAUUUUAAAAACAAAUCUGAGAUUGUGUCCGCUAUCAAAGCUGUUCAGCUAUCCAGAAAUACAGUUGCACGUCGUUGUGAAAUGAUCGCUGAUGAUUUGACACAGCAACUGAGAAAGGACAUAAUUGACUGUGAAUGUUUUUCACUGCAAUUAGAUGAGAGCACGGACAUUAGUGAUACAGCGCAGUUGUGCGUUUUUAUAAGGAUGGUGUUUAAAGACAUGACAGCGAGAGAGGAGCUUACACUUCUGCCCUUGAAAGAGCACACUCGGGGUGAGGACGUUUUUCGCUCAUUUAAGGACUAUGUCGACAAAACACAGCUUCUGAUGUCUAAAUUAGUAUCAAUCACCAUUGACGGCGCUCCUGUGAUGGUUGGCCGUUCUAACGGAUUCAUUGCCAAAUGCAAGGAGGAGGAUGCUUUUCCCGACUUCCUUAAUUAUCAUUGCAUUAUACACCAGCAAGCUCUAUGUGCGAAAAUGCUGAACAUGAAAGAGAUCAUGGAUGUAUCCAUGAAAAUCGUUUGUUCUAUUCGUGCACGCUCACUUCAAAGACGGCUCUUACGCACUUUUUUGGAGGAAGCUGACUGCAACCACACUGAUCUCCUGCUGCAUACAGAUGUCAGGUGGUUAAGCAGGGGGAAAUUCUUGGAAAGAUUUCGAGAGCUGCUGCCUGAGAUAAAGGAGUUUCUUCUGUCUUCACAAAAUACAGAAUACAAACAACUUGAGGAUAAACAGUGGCUUUUAGAUUUGGCCUUUUUGACUGACCUGACUAACAUUCUGAAUGAGCUAAAUUUAGAGCUGCAGGGUAAAGAGAAGAUGGUGGUCAACAUGAUCAGCUCAGUUAAUGCUUUCAAAAGAAAACUGCAGUUACUCACAUCUAAGCUGCAGCGCCACGAAUUAGGCAACUUCCAAAACAUUGCAUCUGAACUGCAAAAUCAAGAUAAGGAGCCAGCACAACUUGACAGUGAGCGCUACAUCGAGCAAAUUGAAAAGGUCAGAUCAGACUUUGACAAACGUUUUCAAGACUUUGCUUUACUUGAGCCAGUUGCUACAUUUAUGUGCUUUCCAUUUGGAGAUGAACAUGACGUUGAGACCCUGGCCACAGACAUGGGAAAGCUGUUUCAGAUGAACCCAUCAGCAUUGGAGGAUGAGAUUUUAGCACUGCAGUCUGACAUUGAAGUGAAGGCAAGAUCCACUGGACAGUUUUGGAACCUUCUUGCAGAAGAGAAAUAUCCAAAUAUCAGAAAAUGUGCCACCUCAUUGACUGCACUGUUUGGCUCAACUUAUUUAUGUGAGUCAGCCUUUUCUCACAUGAAAAUUAUUAAGUCAAAACACCGGUCAACCAUGACUGAUAACAAUUUGGAAGCCUGUUUGAGACUAGCUAUAAGUGGAUACUGUCCAGAUUAUGCAAAACUGUCUGAUUCAAUUCAGUGCAAGUCAUCAGAAUAA